GCAAGUGGCUGCAUAAGGUACAGCUGUAUCAGCGGGGGAUGAGUUUCAUAGAUAACCUGCGCCUUGAGAAGGUCUUCAUACGCGUAGCAGAAUGCGUUACUUACAAUCCAGUACACCAGUCGCAGACGGGUGGCGGCAAAUCUAGGAUUUAAAGUAUCUGAUAAGAGGAGGAACAGGCGAGGUCGACUCUAGUAGGAGCUAUGCAUCUGACUCAAUACUUGCAGUAUUGGUACUGUGGUGGCUGCAGCAUCCUGUAGUACCGGUAAUCCUGCGAUGUUCUCGUUCUCACCAAGAGUAGAAACGAUGGUGUCCACUCUUGACAAGCAUUUUUUCUAGAGUUUAGCAUCCGUGAUUGGGCCUUCAAAGAUGUGCACGCCUGUAUAUGAUUCUAUCCCAGGGAAGAGUGACAAAAGGUUCGGACGUAAAUAUGCAGGGUGCACCCUAGCCGUAUACACACUUCUUCACAUCGGUGUGUCGGUGUCAAAACACGCCGAUCCGACAUGGGUCAUACAACUUUGUGGGAUCCUCUCGAAGGCGACUGGCAAGGAAAGCAAUAGAUAGCUUAAAGUCCCACCGUUGAGUCAGUGAUCGCCAUUCUCUUGAUUCGCGUGAAUGCCCCAAAGACCGACAAAAGC